CCUGCAGGGGCGGGGACAGGGCGGGAGGGGCGGGGCAGGCGCGCGGCCCGACCGAGUGGCGGCUGCAGCUGCAGAGGUAUCCGGAGGGUCGCACUCGGACGAGCCAUGCCGGCCGCGCGCGUGGAGUACAUUGCGCCCUGGUGGGUCGUGUGGCUGCACAGCGUCCCGCAUCUCGGCCUGCGCCUGCAGCUCGUGGACAGCAGUUUCAGCCCCAGAGACGAGAAUUACCAAGAGUCACUGCUGUUCCUGGGGCUGGUGGCUGCCGUUUGCCUGGGCCUGAACCUUCUCUUCCUCGUGGCCUACCUGGUCUGCAUGUGCUGCUGCAAGCGGGAUGACGUUGUGCAGACCAAGCAGCGUCACUCCUGCUGUGUCACUUGGACAGCGGUGGUGGCCGGGCUCGUCUUCUGUGCUGCUGUGGGUGUUGGUUUCUAUGGAAACAGUGAGACCAACGACGGGGUAUACCAGCUCAUCUACUCCCUGGAUGAUGCAAACCACACCUUCUCUGGGAUCGACACUCUGGUUUUUGGAACCACCCAGAAGAUGAAGGUGGACCUAGAACAGCACCUGGCCCGGCUCAGCGAGAUCUUUGCUGCCCGAGGAGAUUACAUGCAGACCCUGAAGUUCAUGCAGCAGAUGGCAGGCAACAUCAUCGCGCAGCUCUCAGGACUGCCGGUGUGGAGGGACGCCACCACAGAGCUGGCCGAGCUGUCCAGCCAGACUGGCUACGUGGAGUACUACAGGUGGUUCUCCUACCUCCUGCUCUUCAUCCUGGACCUGGUCAUCUGCCUCAUUGCCUGCCUGGGACUGGCCAAGCGCUCCAAGUGUCUCCUGGCCUCGAUGCUGUGCUGCGGGGUGCUAAGCCUGUUCCUCAGCUGGGCCUCCCUGGCCAUGGACGCUGCUGCAGCAGUGGGCACCAGUGAUUUCUGUGCAGCUCCCGACACCUUCAUCCUGAACAUCACACAGGGCCGGGUCAGCACAGAGGUGACCAGCUACUACCUGUACUGCAGUCAGAGUGGAAGCAGCCCCUUCCAGCAGACGCUGACCGUCUUCCAGCGCGCACUGACCACUAUGCAGAUCCAGACCUCGGGGCUGCUGCAGUUCGCCGUGCCCCUCUUCCCCACCGCAGAGAAAGAUCUGCUUGGAAUCCAGCUUCUGUUGAACUCAUCAGAGUCCAGCUUGCACCAGCUGACGGCCAUGUUGGACUGCCGGGGGCUGCACAAGGACUACCUGGACGCACUCACUGGCAUCUGCUAUGAUGGCCUUGAGGGCUUGCUCUACCUCGGCCUCUUCUCUCUCCUGGCUGCCUUGGCCUUCUCUACCAUGAUCUGCGUCGGGCUGCGGGCCUGGAAGCACUUUACCACCAGAAACAGAGACUAUGAUGACAUCGAUGAUGAUGACCCCUUUAACCCGCAAGCCCGGCGCAUCGCAGCCCACAACCCCCCACGGGGGCAGCUCCGCAGCUUCUGUAGCUACAGCAGUGGCCUGGGCAGCCAAACCAGCUUGCAGCCCCCAACCCAGACCAUCUCAAAUGCCCCCGUCUCUGAGUACAUGAACCAAGCUGCGCUCUUUGGUGGGAACCCGCGCUACGAGAACGUGCCGCUGAUCGGGAGAGGCUCCCCUCCACCUACGUACUCUCCCAGCAUGAGGGCCACCUACCUGUCUGUGGCAGAUGAGCACCUGAGGCCCUACGGCAAUGAGUUUCCAGCCUAACAGACUGUCAGGGGAUCCUGCCUCCGUUUUCCAAUUUGGUUUUUAAUUAAUGCAAAUACAAGCUGCGUUUCUUUA